ACUGACAGCGCCGCGGUCCAAUCAGCGCAGAGCCGAUUCCCCUGCAGCCAGUCAGAUGCGGUGGGCGGGACCCAUGAAAUCUGAACAGCUUGUGAGGAGGCUGCCGCUGCUAAGCUAGCCUAGCUGUGCUUCAGAGCAGUGACAUGCUUUGAUAUAGAAAUGCUAUUCCAACGGGGCACAGCGUCUCAUCUGCUAGGCUAGCCUGUUGGAGUGGAAACUGCCAGUAACGAGGAUUCUGGAGACCAUUUCCAGACAUUGAAGAUUCCCUCUAAAGGAGAUAAAGAAGAAUUCAGGUCGACCGAGAAGUACCUGAGCCCUUGAAGUUCUCAGCUUUGAUGCAGUACAGUGUACCGGGUGCAAGAUGACGGAAGAGGUGAUUGUCAUCGCCAAGUUCGACUACAUGGCCCAGCAGGACCAGGAGCUGGACAUCAAGAAGAACGAGCGCCUGUGGCUCCUGGACGACUCCAAGUCCUGGUGGAGGGUCCGGAACGCCACCAACAAAACGGGCUUCGUGCCGUCCAACUAUGUGGAGAGGAAAAACAGCGCCAGGAAGGCUUCCAUCGUCAAGAACCUCAAGGACACACUCGGGAUUGGGAAGGUGAAGAGCAGGAAGGGGGGGAUGAGAGACACGGCGUCCAACGCAGACACAGACAUGUACGAUAACGGCGAGCGUCUGUACGACCUCAACCUGCCGGCGCUGGUGAAGUUCAGCUACACGGCGGAGCGCGAGGACGAGCUGUCUCUGGUGAAAGGCACGCGGGUGGUGGUGAUGGAGAAGUGCAGCGACGGCUGGUGGCGCGGCAGCUACAACGGACGCUCCGGCUGGUUCCCCUCCAACUAUGUAACGGAGGACAUGGAUGGGACGGCGGGGGGAGGGGGCGGGCUCGGAGACCCGGCCGGAUCGCUGACGGAGAAGCUGGCGGCCGUGGUGAACAGCACCGCCAACGGGAACCGGGUGCUACACACGGUCCAGGCACUCUACCCCUUCGGCUCCGGCAACGACGAGGAGCUGAACUUUGAGAAGGGCGAGGUGAUGGAGGUGGUGGAGAAGCCUGAGAACGACCCCGAGUGGUGGAAGUGUCGCAAAGCGGACGGACAGCUGGGAUUGGUGCCUAAAAACUACGUCACUGUGCUGGACUCCACCUCGUAUAACCCGGAGCAGGGGCCCGCCGGGCCGCCCACGCCCGACUGUGACUACAUCACGCCCUCCACUGUCGGGCGCUUCGCUGGGAAGGAGUGGUACUACGGGAAGGUGACGCGCCACCAGGCGGAGGUGGCCCUCAACCAGAGGGGCGUCGAGGGGGACUUCCUCAUCCGGGACAGCGAGUCAUCGCCAAACGACUUCUCCAUCUCCCUGAAGGCGCAGAGCAAGAACAAGCAUUUCAAGGUGCAGCUGAAGGAGAGCCUUUACUGCAUUGGACAGCGCAAGUUCAACUCCAUGGAGGAGCUUGUGGAACACUACAAAAAGGCCCCCAUCUUCACCAGCGAGCAGGGAGACAAACUGUACCUGGUCAAGGCCCUGGCCGCCUCCUGAUCCCGCCCUGCUGCACACUUCCACACCGGAACACACACAUAUACAUUAACUGCAUCCAUAUAUACACAGAUAACCUACGGCAGAACACACACUAACACGUAAACUCCAAGCCCGGGGACUCGACGCGUCGCCAGGACUUUAAUGCCCGAUUUGUGAGCAUUCCAAGAGGAGGUAUGGGGAAAAGCAUGGGAGAAACACGGAGGAAGGAAAAAGGGGGAGACAAAGAGACGAUAUGGACUCCUGAGAGUUGACUACAGACCUCUUGGUCGCCUAUUUUAAAUUAUCCAGAUGUGUUAGGUCAUAGGCGAUGCCAUGUAUUUCCACCUUGAUACCUAUUAGAGUUGCAUUUAGUUCCUUCCUUUGUGUUUGUUGAUAAUAUAUAAUCUUUUAACUGUUUGUUUUUAACUGUCUCCAAACACACACAACCCCCCCGACCCGUAUUCUUUAGCAAACCAUCCUGCAGAACUCAUCUUUUUUGUGUUGUCUGUCUUAAUCCGUUCUCUUAUGAUUGUGGACGCACUAAUCCACGACUUCUGCUAAUCACGAAUAAAAAAAAUGAAGUGACCAAAAUAUAUUUAUUGAUAACGAUUCUGUUAGGCGGCGAUCGGAGUGUCACAGAUCUGCGGAUUCCUCUUCUCGUGCAAACUAGUUGUCUUUGCGUGUGUCACAUAUUGCUGUAUCCAUAUCAUGUGAAUGUUACAAAGCCGAGGCAUCAGUGUGCAGUGUGGGGGGGGGCGACUUUGCAUGUGUGCAUGCAGAAAAGUGUCUGUCAUCUCCAGAAACAGUGUGUCCGCAGAGGUCAUGUGCAGUGCUUUCCCUCAGAGUCACAAGGCUGAACAUGCAGAGUGAUUGACAGCUGAUGCAUCCUCCCUGAUGUUGCCAAAGGGGACGCUUCUCUGCACAUGUCGAGGGCGGAGAGGGGUGGGUGUGCGCUGACUAACAGUCCUGUGGAGCAGGGAGUGGGGAAAUAGCAAAAGCAUGAUGUCACCGCUCCUGAAUUAGUGAUCACUGGAGGAGUUACGGGGUCGUCCAGGGGUCGCGUUAGUGCGGUCGCAUUGAAUAUACAUCAAGCUAGGAGAGGAGACUUCCUCACAAGGUUUUCAAGAGGUGGAAGAAAGGCUUGAUGUUUAUCCGGGCAUUUAAUCCCAAAAUGUCUUAAGAAGUCUCCUAGCUUAUGGUCUGUCUGUCAGCUCAGAGUCCUGUUGUGAGCGUGGAAAUAUUGAGGACUCCAAAGUUUUAGGAUGUAAAGUACGGGUCCCCAGCACAUAGAAACUGCCAGGGUGCUCGCGUGCACAUGUUGGGCAAUUAGCACAAUUAGCAUAUGCAGACAAUAGCUAACACAUUUCUUGGCUGAUUUGGACUAUUUUGCAGUGGUUUCUGACAUUUUCAGGAUAGAAUGUGACACUUUUAACCAUAUUUGUACUCCUAAUGGGUUAUCAUUUUAAUUUUGGGUCGGUUUUAAUGUUUUAGGGGACUCAAGACUGCCAGUUGUGAUCUGAAACAUGUCUAAUAAAACCACUCCAGAAUUGUCCACUAUUGUCUGAAUGUGCUAAUUAAUGCAACUUCUGCUAAUUGUGCACAUUUCCCCCAACUGCAAGUUAGCAUCCAGAUGUUUCUAUGUGCUGGGGACCCGUACUAUUACAUAAAGCUUUGGGGUCUCAAUAUUCCUGGGUUCACGGUGCUGGCAGGGAGACUAUUGGGGGGAAUUUAGCUUGUUUGUCAAACCCAGCAGAGCCGCUGGUUUGUAUUUACAGUGAUGGGUUAGUCGUCGAGUGAAAAUGGACCAAGUAGUAGUUUGAAUGUCGUGGGGCAGCGAGCAGUAGGAGCUGCGUUGGCAGGGGGCUCAGGGGAGAUGAUGGUGAUGAGCUCUCCAGCUGUUGGACCCGAGCUCGGAGAAAAUAGAGAGAGAUUGGGGGAGGAGGAGGGAGGGAUUUCAUAGAGGAGCAAUGGAAAAAUGGACCCUGAAAAACAAAAGCAGUGAUCUGGGGAGGAGACUGGGGGUAAUGUGUUUCCACUGAGUGUCUGGAUUAGUGAUUUCCAGGCACUAACAGGCGGGGAAGGGAACCGAGGCCAAAGCUGAUGUAUCAUAGUUUGAGGAUGAAACAUGUUGGAUGGCUUUUUAAAGUUCUGAUUAAUCCAAGCAUGAGAAAGUCAGUCGUGCCACAAAGAACACAAACAUGGGUGUUAACCUCUCUCUCUCUCCGUCCCCCCGCUGAUGGAUAUUGCUAUUCAUACAAGAGCUGGAGCCGUGCAGGAUGGAUUAUGAACAGGGCAAACAAUUACCUUUCACUUUGAUUCAUGGCAACUUCUAAUUAUGCACUUGCAGCGACUUUAAGUUUGCAUUAAACGGGACAAAAACAUUCCAGGAGUAAGAAAAGGCUCCUGUUUGGACUCGGAAAAGCUCUUGUUGGAUGUGGUGGAAAAUGUCCGUCAGAAUCGUUUAUUUUGGGUGAAAAAAACAUGAUGUGAAUCCAGUUUGUUGUCAUUUCUCACAAUUAAUUUCUGGCUUUUCUUCCUCUGAUAUGAGAGAUAGUAAUAACCUGUGAACUCCCCUCCCUCCAGAUUUGAAGCAUCUGCAAUAUAACGCAGCAUGAGUGACACACGAUGACCGUGCCCCAGUUUGAAGGAUGAGGAGAUUUUAAUGUGCCUUCACAGCUUUCUGUCAACCAAAGGUUAAACGUCCUAUUUUUUUUAUCGUGUCCUCCCACUUCUGUUGUCACCUCUUUGGUUAAAGCUUUGCAUGUGCGUCAGUCUGCGAUGUGUGGGGGUGUCAUCCUUUAUCGAGAAGGGGGUGUUUCCUCGUUUAGCUGAAAAACGUUUGUUUGUCACGCAUUAAAUGCCCAUUGGUGAUAUUGUGUGUAGUUCAAGUGACCUUACCUUUGCAGAUCUCAUCAAGUAUGACUUCUUAAACGCCUACCUGUACAUAUACUGAUGUUCAUUCAGAGCCCCGCAGGUGUGAUGUAAUCAUGACCUGAAUCUCAUGUAACGGCAUCCCAUAUCCCCCCCAUGUUUCCAAGGAAAUAGUCUGUAUGCGUUUCAUAUGAGACCAGUGUAAGACAUUCACUUUUAGCCACUUAAAUAUGUACAAAAAAAUACUUACAUGUGUUACUUGAUAUUGGAUUACAGAACCGCAGCAUCUCCUCGCAUAGGUAUCGUUAUUAACUGGGAGUUCUCUUUUCACUUUACACCAACGGAGGCCGCAUGAGCAGAGCCUUGUAGCUGUACAGAAAUGGGUUUGCUUAUGAAGACACGGGGGUCAGUGGUGACGGAUAUUAUCGAGAGGUCGUUUGUCAAAUCAAGAAACUACAGAGCAGCUGGGAACCACUUUUCUAGUCCACUAACCAAUCCUGAGAUGAUCUUGACUCUGAUGUCUCGAUGAUAUCCCGAAUAAACGACCGUGCUUUUA